GCAUAUCUGUGUGUGUGUGUAGACCUGCGGCGGAUCACAGCAGGGUUCCUGGGCAUGGCGGCGUCGGUCCUGCUCUGCAGCAGCAUCGUUGCGUCCGUCGGCUUCUUCUGGGAGGAGAGACUGACGCAGCACGUCUCCGGGCUGCUCGCCCUCAUGGCAGGGAUCUUCUGCACCAUCUCCCUGUGUACGUACGCGGCCAGCGUGACCUACGACCUCUCCAGGAACCCGCCCUUCAUCUACGGGCUGCCGGCGGACGUGGACCAUGGAUACGGCUGGUCCAUCUGCUGCGCCUGGGCCAGUCUGGGCGUUACCGUGGCGACCGGCUGCCUCGGGACCACCUUCCCCUUCCUCAGCAGGGCUGGAGCCCUGCGCUCCAAGACCGCCCGUGAGUCCUCCGUCUGAGGAGCCCCGGGGAGUCUGCCGGA